AUGUCUGUUUCUACGAAAGAUGUUGAUCUAAUCUUUCAAGGAGUUGGACAAAAAGCAGGAAUCGAGGUAUGGCGAAUCGAGAAUUCACAGCCUGUGGCUGUUCCAGAGUCUUCUUAUGGUAAAUUUUUGACAAGAGAAUCUUAUAUGAUUUUAAAGACAAAUGCUUCAAAAAGGGGAACUUUCCGCUACGACAUUCACUAUUGGAUAGGUAAAGAUGCAAGUGAGGAUGAAGCUGAGGUUGCAGCCAUAAAAACACUUGAACUUGAUAAAGUUCUUGGAGGGCGAUCUGUUCAAUACCGCGAGUUACAAGGAUACGAAACAGAAAGGUUCCUUUCUUGUUUUAAACCAUGUAUUAUGCCCGAAGAAUCCGAACGUCGAGAACACAAAAACCGCAUGUUUGUCUGCAAAGGAAAACACGUUGUUCGUAUACAAGAGGUUCCUUGUGCUCGAUCCUCACUCACUCAUGACGCAGUUUUUAUAUUCGACAGUAAAAAUAAGAUUUUCCAGUUUAAUGGGUUAAAUACUUCAAUACAAGAAAGGGCUAAAGCACUAGAUGUUGUGAAGUAUAUAAAUGAGACUUACCAUGAAUCAAAUUGCAAAAUAGCUGCCAUUGAGGAUGGGAGGCUGAUGGGCGAUGCUGAAGCCGGAGAAUUCUGGGGAUUCUUUGGUGGAUUUGCUCCGCUUCCAAGAAAAACAACCGUAAAUGAUGCUCAAAGUACUACUGAUGAUCUACCUAUUCAGCUAUUUUGUGUCAAGAAGGGGGAGGCAGAACGCGUUCCGGCUGAUUCCUUGACAAAGAAGCUACUACAAACACACAGCUGUUAUCUACUGGAUUGUGGAUCGGAAAUACAUGUGUGGAUGGGAAGAAGUACUUCAAUGCAAGAAAGAAAAUCUGCAAACAAAGUUGCAGAAGAAUAUCUACGAGGCCAAGACAGACCGAAAUCCAUAAUCAUCCGCAUGAGUGAGUUUUUUGAAACAGUAUCUUUCCGGUCAAAGUUUGACUCGUGGCCUCAACUGAGUGAUGAGCUAGCACCUCAGGACGGCAGAGGCAAGGUGGCUGCACUUCUAAAACGUGGAGGGCUCGAUGUUAAGGGUCUGAUUAAAAAUGCUCCCGAAGAGGAAGAAGAAGAGGAACUUCAAUCAUAUAUUGAUUGCAGUGGAGCUUUGGAGGUGUGGCGUGUGAAUGGUCAAGAAAAGAGUCUAUUAGCAGACACUGACCAGUCAAAAUUCUACACCGGAGAUUGUUAUAUCUUUCAAUACACAUACACCGGAGAGGGUCAAGAGGAAUCUCUUAUAGGGACAUGGAUCGGAAAGGAAAGUGUUAAGGAAGAUAGGGAUUCAGCUCUCUCACAAGCAAACAAAAUGGUUGAGUCAAUCAAGUUUUUAGCUACUCAGGCUCGAGUAUAUGAAGGGAACGAACCGUUUCUUUUCUAUGCAAUAUUUCAGAGCUUUAUGGUUCUCAAGGGUGGUCUCAGUAAUGGAUACAAGAAGUACAUAUCAGAAAAGGGAUUGCCCGACGAGACUUAUAAAGAGGAUGGAAUUGCAUUAUUUCGUGUUCAGGGCUCUGGACCCGAAAAUAUGCAAUCGAUUCAAGUUGAUCCUGUUGCUUCAUCCUUGAACUCCUCUUAUUGUUAUAUAUUACACAAAGAUUCACUUGUCUUUACUUGGAAGGGAAGCCAAACAUCAGUAGAGGACCAUGAACUCGCCGACAGGCAACUCGAUGUCAUAAAACCUGAUAUGCAGACCAGAGUAUGUAAAGAGCGGGCAGAGUCCGACGAAUUUUGGGAAAUUUUAGGUGGAAGAACCGAACAUGCCACUCAAAAAAUUCCAAGAGAGACUGAACGCGAUCCUCAUUUAUUCUCAUGCAUAGUAUCUAAAGAAGAUCUAAGGGUGACUGAGAUAUACCAUUUUAAUCAAGAUGAUUUGAUGACAGAAGAUAUAUAUAUCCUUGAUUGUCACACAGAAAUAUUUCUUUGGGUGGGGCAGGAGGUUAAUACAAAAGACAAGACACAAGCAUUAACUAUUGGGGAGAAAUAUUUGGAAUGUGAUGUUCUUCUUGUGGGUUUAUUUCUUCAAACUCCAAUCUUUAUCAUAUUUGAAGGAAGUGAGCCACCAUUCUUCACACGUUUCUUUAAAUGGGAUCCAAAAAAAUCUGCAAUGCAUGGAAACUCAUUCCAAAGAAGGCUGGCUAUUAUAAAAGAUGGAGGCCUUUCAACCAUGAAUCUUAAACGGAAAAAGCGAGCACCAGUAUUUGGAGGUAGAUCCGCGUCGGAAAAACCACAACGGUCAAGGAGUGUGUCGUUCGGCUCUGACCGACCACGUGCCCGAGGCAGAUCUCCCGCCUUCAAUGCUCUUGCUUCCAAGUUUGGUAACCCAGUUGUAAGGAAUCUCUCAACUCCACCAGCACUUCUAAGUAAGCUUAGUAGCGGUGGUGGUAGUGGCAGUGGCGGUGGCGGUGGUGGUAGUCUUGAUACGUCCAAAAUUCUAUCCAAGUCUAAAGCUAUAGCAUCACUAACCGCCUCUUUUGACAAACCAACACGAGAAAAACUUUUGCCACGUUCUGUAAAAGUGAACACAUCACCAACAGCAAAAUUUGAGUCAAACUCUAGGGUUAACGUUAUCCCAAUGAGCAGUAGAAGAUACUCCCCAACAAUAAAGGAAGAUUCGAAAGAGAAUGAGGCCGACACCGAUGAGGGGCUCACAUUCUACCCUUAUGAUCGUUUAACAACGUCAUCAACUGACCCUGCUCCGGAUAUUGAUGUAACCAGACGAGAGAUUUAUCUUUCAAAAAGCGAGUUCCGGGAGAGAUUUAAUAUGACGAAAGAGGCUUUCUACAAGAUGCCAAAAUGGAGACAAAAUAAGAUGAAAACUUCACUUAAGUUGUUUUAAGUUACCUGCAUAUAAAGAUAAAGAAAAGCAUGCUUACAAAUUUUACACCACCACUUAUUCAUCAAAAUACAUUAGUCUUUACUUAACACCCAUAAAUUAAACCAACUAAAGAUUUUCUAUAUGUUGCAGCAGGUUUACUUUUCAAUUGUAUUAGUCUGAUAUAUAUAGCUUCCCAUUCUUUUAGGGAUUAGUUACUUACAUAUUUGUAUAAUAGACUUACUUCUCCAUUCAUUACUCAUUGGGUUGGCAUCUGUUUACAAUCUUAAACAUGGCUAAAAUAUGAAGAUGAGGUAGUCUAUGUGAAGCAACAUGUGUGUGUUAUGAAGGGGGUUAUAGUGUAUCAAAUUUUGUUAUAGUUAGUAUAAUUGUAUGUAAAUUGUCGUUGGAGUAGUUGAAGCGAAUAUACGUAUACUUCCAUUGUGAGGCCGUGGUUGAAAAGUUAAAUAUAUUUGCGUUAAC